AUGCCGCAAAGGUGCGAAUAUAGAGAAUGGCUUGAUAAUGCCAUUAGAAAUAAUCAAAUUAUCAAAUAUGAUUAUAAUACAUUUAAUGAUAUAACGCCUAUCGGACACGGGUCAUUCGGAAAAGUUUCCAGUGCAAUAUCCUCUAAAGUUAAAAGCAAAGUAGCCUUAAAAUCUAUUAAAAUUAAUCCAGAUUUUACGAUAGAACUACUGGUUAACGAGCUCAAACAGCAUAAUCGUAUUGGUUCACAUAAUAAUAUUUUAAAAUUCUAUGGAAUCAUUGAAGGUGAAAUUGAAAUUGAUGAUGUUGAUAAUAGCCAACCAGAUAUAAUCAACAUCAUUCAAGGGCUAACUAAUGGAAUUGAUGCUGAUUCUGAAAUUUUCCAUGAAUUAUACGAAGUUUUAAGUUCAACAUCAAAUUCAACAACAAAUAUUAGUGAAGCUUUAAAUUUAGCAGCAAAUAUUAAUGAAAUUUCUAUUUCACCAUCAAAUUUUGAUGAAGAACCUGUCAUAAAGAUCGAUUCAAAAACUCUAGAAUAUAUAGAUAAUAAUAUCAAAGACUCUGAUAAGCAGUUUUUACAACAAUUAGUGCAACUUUUUUUUAAUCAUAUAAAUUCUUCUGAAGAACCCAAAUCGCUUGUUAAUAAAAUUGAAGGUUUAAUUAAAGAUUAUAACGAAAAUUCAGAUAAAGCAUUUAAAAAAUUAUUAAAACAUCAAGGACAGCCAACAUUUUCACAUCUAAUUGGCUUUUUCUACGACUAUGGAAUUGGUAUUAAGGUUAACAAGCGAAAAGCUCAGAAGAU